GCUCAUUCGGAAGCCGAUAGAACCAGGGUUUGUGAAUCCAGUGAAUUCACACUGAUCCGCCAAUUAGUGCAGUCAUGAAGGGGAGGUGUAGGUGGCGGAGAGCGGAGACGAGCUGCAGGGAGAUUUUGAAUCAGUGACACAACAUGCAUUGAUGCAGCAGCAAUGUCAAGAGCCGGCAGUGUGAAAUAUGUGCUAACAGGGAGAACAACAUCAGGCGUGUUUCAGAUUUGACAAAAUGAUGAGCUGGAUCGCAUUUUUUUCACGCCAAAGUUUUAUUUUAUCACAGCUCGUGGAUGUUAAACGACUGCUGGAACGCGCAUACGUCCGCGCUUCUAUUGGCUGUACGCAGCGUCGCUCAGAGGAAUGACGAUUUUUUUUUUUUUUGCUACUGCUAUAACCAGCUGAUGCUGAGGCUAUGAACACGGAGCCUCUGAAGAACUGUUCACGGUACAUAGAGAACCCCCUCAUCGGCGCUAUGCCUGCGGAUUCGGUCUCGUCUCCAUCCAGGGAUUGAGUGAGUAGGACAUUUGAUCGUGUCACGACGCACAGGCCCGGGCUCGUUUUUUUUCACUCUCUCUCUGUCGCUCCACAUGAUGUUUCUUCACCUUCCCACAUCAUCAUUUUCAUGGGCAUGAUGCUGUGUGCUGCACAGAUCGAGCAGUCUCAUCUCACACAGGCGACACGUCACACCUGCAGGUACGAGCGUGUGGAGGUUUGGAUAUAAGUGCGAGACGGGCCGCCUCAAAACAUGGAAUAAAGGGAGUUCGGAGACAACUGAACCUACUUGAGUCAGAUCCAUAAAUAAAAGAAAACGGACAUAAAAAGCACGUAGGGCUAGAAGAGAGCUGUAGAGUGAGGGAGAGAGAAGAUGAAGAGGCUGUGAAGAUGGAGUGUGGUCAGACGACAUUUCUCCUGGACUCGACAGUUCACUCCGUCAGCCUCCGGUCGAAGCAGGAGUCUCCUCGCUAAAAUCCCAGAGCAGCUCAUUUCACCUGCUGGAGGAGCCCCCACCCUCGGUGAUGUGAUGAAUAAGUUUGAAGUCCUUGGCAUUGUGGGAGAAGGAGCAUAUGGAGUGGUGCUUAAGUGCAGGCACAAGGAAACCAAUGAGCUGGUGGCCAUUAAGAAGUUCAAAGACAGCGAAGAAAAUGAGGAGGUCAAGGAGACGACGCUUCGGGAGCUGAAGAUGCUUCGGACACUGAAGCAGGACAACAUCGUGGAGCUGAAGGAGGCUUUUCGCAGGAGGGGGAAACUCUACCUCGUCUUUGAAUACGUCGAGAGGAACAUGCUGGAGCUAUUAGAGGAACUGCCCAACGGCGCACCGUCUGAUAAAGUCCGCAGCUACAUCUACCAGCUCAUCAAAGCCAUCAACUGGUGUCACACGAAUGAGAUAGUACACAGAGACAUCAAGCCGGAGAACCUCCUCAUCAGCUCCGAGGACGUCCUUAAACUCUGUGACUUCGGUUUUGCUCGUAACCUGUCUGAGGGAACAGAUGCCAAUUACACUGAGUAUGUGGCUACAAGGUGGUACCGCUCGCCUGAGCUGCUGCUGGGGGCCCCCUAUGGAAAGGCGGUGGACAUGUGGUCGGUGGGGUGUAUCCUCGGGGAGCUGAGUGACGGACAGCCCUUGUUUCCAGGAGAGAGUGAGAUAGAUCAGCUCUUCACCAUCCAGAAGGUUUUGGGGGCACUUCCUGCAGAGCAGAUGAAACUCUUCUACAACAACCCUCGCUUUCAUGGAAUCAGGUUUCCCUCAGUCGCUCAUCCUCAGACUUUGGAGAGAAGGUACCAAGGCAUCUUGAGUGGUUUGAUGUUGGAUCUGAUGAAGAACCUGUUGCUGCUAAACCCAACUGAGCGCUACCUGACGGAGCAGAGUUUGAACCAUCCGGCCUUCCAGCCUCUGAGGCAGGCAGAGCGGCCUCCUCCUGCGUCUCCCAACCUGCCGCGCUCCUCCAAGAGGAAAACACACCAUCAUGGAGAGAACACAGUCCCCACGAGGAGUCACACUAAGAGCACGAGCCGUCGCUCCAACGCCAAAGAAUGUUCCAGUCUCCCCCGCCAUGGUGACCUCCAUCACCUCGGCAACAAGAGUUUUCUCAACGGUAACAAACCGGCUCCGUCCAGCUUAAGUCCGACGCUCCACCCCAAGGCCCAGUACAUGUCCCAGACCCUCAAUCGUUCUGCCUCAUCCAACAAGGACCUGGCUAACAACAACCUGCCACACCUCCUCAGCCCCAACGAGGCCAAAGGCAAGACAGAGUUUGAUUUCAGCUUAGGACCCUCCACAAAGCUGCUAGACCAGGGACACGGGGCCAAGUACGGCCACAGCAAACCCAGCUCUUCUCGCUCGCAGCAGCACCAGCAGCAGCAGCAGCAGCAGCAGCAGCAGCAACAACAGCAGCAGCAGCAGCAGCAGCAGCAGCAGCAGCAGCAGCAACAGCAGCAGCAACAGCAGCAGGUAGGCCGCCACACCUUCCUGGAGGGCAAAACUAACACUCUUCAGUCUGGAGCAGAGAAGCAACAUGGCCGACACACCCACAGCAUGGCCGACUCUGCCCACGGAUCCAUGUCCUCCUCUUCAAAGAGUUCAGCUUCUUACCUCAGCCUGUCCAAGAGCCACAGCGCGCUGAGUGAUGCCAAAUCCGUGGGGAACCUCAGCGACGGUCGACUCCACCCAGAUGACCCCAACUCCAACACGACAGCAGGGAUGGGCCCCGGGGCCCGCUUCUUCCCUGCCAGCUGUUUAGACCUCAACGCUCCCUCAGUUCCCCAGGGGCCGCCCGGCAGCCCUUCUGCUCGGCACAGUGAUCGAUCGGGGCACAGCCCCGCCUCUCGUAGCAGCGGCAAUGUCCGCAUGGAGAGCAGCACGCUGGACUCCUCAUCCAGACACAAAUCCAGACAUAAACCUCUAACACCAGAGGAGGCCGGCGCUCCGGAGCUCUUAGACCCUGGAGGAGCAGGGAUGCCCUCCACUCACACUCUGCCUUCCCCACAUGAGUCUUAUCAUUAUGGCCUGGGCUACACCUCCCCCUUCUCCUCACAGCAACGGCCUCAACGCCACUCCAUGUACGUGAGGAGGGAGCGCCACCGGCCGCACGGGAUCGAGGGUGGGAUGGCGGGCUUGCCUCCGCCAGGGCAGGCGAUACCGACGCGCGCCAGCAGCCUGCAGCUCCUCUCCCCCCAACUGCAGCACCGAACCACCCUGACUGGACACUCAGUGAGCUCUUCCAGAGAAGACUGCACGGAUGACAUGUCGAGGAGUGAGCAGUCCCCUAAAGACAUGAGCCACCCUUGUGCCCCCAUCAAAGACUCUACGAGGGACAACACUGCUGCUUUUCAUACACAGCGCUCUAAAAACGAGGUCGGCAUGUAUCAUGACCCUCAUGUGGAGGAUGGAGGUUCCUCCAAAGAGAACCGGAUGAUCUUCACUGAGUCCAUGCCUCGGAGAGUAGGCAGCUUCUACCGAGUCCCCUCCCCGAGACCUGACAACUCCUCCUCUUUCCAUGACGGUGUCGGUCAGGGUCGAGGGCCGGUCGUACCCGGUCUACCCGGAGACCCUGUGGCCAUGGUCAACCACUCCAAACGCCAGACGGCUUUUGACUGGACCACCGCAGAAGCAAUGGUCAUGAAUCCUCCAGAGCCCGCCAAAGAGAAGGAAAAACAAGGCUUCUUCAGAGCCAUUAAAAAGAAAAAGAAGAAGACACAAAUAACGGACAUGGAGGACGGGAGGAACCCCAGCAUCAAGAAAAGCCUUUUCCCGCUCUUUAGCUCUAAGAAUAGCUUAAAGCACACCUCAGCUGUCAAAGUCCUACCCGUAGUCGGCUCGCCCAUGGCACAACACCAGCCUACCACGCCCUACCCUGCCUCACCAGUUCCUGGUAACGGGCAAGAACACCUGUCACUGCAGAGGAGCUCCAAGUCGUCCUCUCACCACGGCAGCCGGAGGAAAAACCGCGAGCGAUCCCGAGACAGAGACCGGGAGCGGGAGCAGAGCCGGGACCGAGACAGAGAGAGAGAGAGAGAGCGGGAGAGAGAAAGAGAGAGAGAGAGGGAGAGAGAGAGGGACAGAGGGAGGGAGAGGGAGAGAGUGAAUGACUGGCCACCAGACAAACCAGUGGACUCGCACUCUCAGAGUCAACCCCUCAAGUCCCUCCGCAGGCUCCUUCAUCUCUCCCCCUCCUCCUCAAACCAAGGACAGCCUCCUCCUCCUCCAGACCUGCGCUUCCAAGCCCCCCUCCCCAACCCUCCUCAGCCCUCCUCCAAAGCGGGCUACUCCGAGGGUCGAGGGCACGCCGAGAGCAGGGGCCACCCGGGGGUGAGCAGCUCCGCCCAGGCCAAGAGCCGCAAGGCCAGCUACCCCCUCCCUGGACAGAUCGAGUCCAGCUGGCACGUGUCGGCCUUACAGCGGGCGGAGGGCACUCAGUUCACCCCAGAGCAGCUGGGCAUCAAACCGGGGCAGAACGGACCCACCUUUACCCGAGCCUCCCGCACCAGGAUGCCGAACCUCAACGACCUGAAGGAGACCGCGCUUUAAGCCCCUCCCUCUCUCCCAAACCACGCCACCUCCAACAUGUCUCCAUCCUGGAAGCAUCUGCCAGACGUCACGGUACUGUAGUAAAAGUUUACACGAAAGCCUGUUUCACUGGAUCGAGUCCUCGUUCAGAAACGCAGUUGUGUGCUGAUGCUCGUGUCUCUGACUACGACGGGCCAAAGACCAGUAACAGUGUCAUUUAGGGAAUCAAAGACAGGACGGGGCCCAUUCCCUCCGGGGAUGCCAGUACUGUAUCAGUUGUAUGUUAUUCUCUCUCUACUUAACACAGUUAGAACAUAAGAAUAAGCUGGUCUUUCCUGUCAAGGAGACACUGCCCACGUGGCCUCUUUGCUGCCAUCUUCUGCUCACAGGACACUACAGCAAAGCAAAACGUCAGACAGCCGCUGUCACACACAGGUGGCCAAUGAACUCAAAUGUUUUUCAAGCUCUGAUAUUUGAUAAGAACAAUAAAAUUGAAAAAAGAUUUAUAUCAACAUAAUUUAUGAAAUAUUUAUUUGUAUUAAAUUCAAGGAUAUAAGCUAUAAAUGACACAGUAUGUAGGCUAUAUGGGAAUAUUAUAAGGUAAUAGAUUUAAAUGUGUAAUUGCAAGAGCUUUAGUUUCGACACAAAGAAAUGCAUAGAUAUUUAUGUGUUGAUAAUACAAUGUGUCAAAAGGAAUAUUUAUUAAUGGUGAAUGUCCUUUUUUUUGUUCAAUUUGAUAUGUUAUUAACAGAUUUUCACGUUAUAUCACGUUAUUUUUCACCUUUCUUUCUGUUUGUUUCAUCAAAAUGUAAAGAAGUAUUGAUGAAUACUUGUUGCCCAAGGUGGGAAAAAAAAGAAAUCUUGGACAUUACUCACAAUUCUACGCAUCGCUCUCAUGACAUUCGUGUUGAAGUUUUGUGAUGGGCUGAUUGUCAGCAGGGUUCGGUAGCAGAACAGCCAGAGUGAGACUGUUAGGCUCUGUGCUCUACACACAGUAACUGUCGGUUCACUUUAUGUCCCACUCUCAGUCUGCCCAUUUCAAAAUAAGCCCCAUUUCUAGUCUCUCAGUUCAUUCAUCAGCCACAACAGCUUUCCAGCUUCGUGUUGGUUUUGUCUACAGCCUUAACAGCAAGUUACGGACAUUAACUUUAGCGGUGAAAAGUUGGCCUCUUAAACAGAGGUUUGGGUAACUCAAAUACAACAUCUAAGUGUGAAAGAUACGAGGAGAGCAUACAGCAAAAAAGGCAUACCUCACCUGCAACCUUUAAGGUGUGAAAUGUUGAGUCCGGUGGAAUUUUUACAUUUUCUUUAAGUAAACAAAUCUCAUGAAAAGACCAAAACCAACAAUGAAUGGUAGAUUACUUGUAGUCUGUAACCGUUGUGACGAUAAAUUAAUGAAAUCAUUACAGCAGUGACAACUUUCCAGUGUUUCAAAAUCCCGUCUCAGAGUAUUAUAAACUAUUGUGCAGUGUUUUAGCAUCUAAUACGCCUUUAAACGCAUUAAUCUCUUCAUCAAACUGCUUCGUAUUUCAAGUCUCACUGGGACCUGAAACAAAAUGCCGCCACUAUUGGGCCUCUUGCAAUGUUUUGUUGUUGGUUUAGUUUUUUUCAUUGGAUUUUGUCGACAAUAAGAAAGGUAUGGAAUAACACCAGAUGUAUCCUUUAGUGUGUGUGUUUACAUUUUUCAGUGUGCAUUUUAAAAGCUUGUGUUAUCAAAGUUUUUGUAAAUGCCUUUUGUACAUCUGAUAUUGGUUUUCCUACUGUAUUCGCAUUACAACUUGUUUUUAAUAUUGAUAGUCAUGAUCAGGGAUGAUUUUACUCCGCUAAGUUAUUCAUUAAAGCAUUUACUUGUACUGACCUGUGGAUGAUGAAAGAAUAUACAGAUCAAAACACUAUUAGUGGCCUAGGCAAAAAAAUAUACUGCAUUGUGUUCCUUUUAUUCUUACCUUCAUCCUUUGUUCCUUCCUCUUCCUCUGUGGUCUUAAAGUGAAGAAGAAAACCUUUUAUAUGUAUCACAGAAGGAGGGAACAAAGGAAAGAAGAUUUGUGCACAAUUUCAAAACAUCUGUGGACUAAAGAGAAUUUUGGAGGAUUUUAAUGUUUUGUUUCUAAACGGUCGAAUGGAUGAAAAUACACAAGCAAAAAAAAAAAGACGACAAAAAAAGGAAUGAACCAAUUGACUACAUGGCUGAUUGAAAGCAAUAACAUUCAGAAAGAGACUCAGACUGAUGCAGAUUGUACUGGCCAAAUCAGUGGCUAGUUCAAUAGGAGCCAAAUAUAGCGCAGA